AUGCGUCAUUAUGUAUCGGUUGGAGGUAAAAACAAAUUUUACGAUGGAUCAGUAUCAUCAAUAUCAAUCAUUGAAUCCAUCAGAGAAGAUCCAGAGUUAGAUUCUUCAAAAAAAUUAACGACCAACGAAGCAUUGAAAAAAUUUGGACCAAGAGUUGUAUUUUAUUUAAAUAUAGUCGAGCAAUUAAAAAUAUAUCUUAGUAAUGUUUCAAGUAUAUUUACAAAACUUCGAAAUUUUAGAAUAGAUUAUAAAUUAAAAGAAAAUGAAAGAUUAAGUAGUAAAGCAAUUCUCAAUUUAAGUUCAAGUGUAGCACCAACACCAUCAUCAACAUUUAAAAAAAAAGACGAUUACGAUUAUGAAGAAGACGAAGUCGAGAAAAUAAAAUCAAAGCUAUAUGAUAAUGAUGAUGAUACAGAGUUUGAUGAAGAAGAGUUAUUAAUUUAUGAAAAACAAAAUGUAGAAUUAAAAGCAGAGUUAGAAACAUUAUCGGAUCAAAUAGAGGUUAUUAAUCGUCAAGUCGAAGAGUUAUCGCAAUUAUUUGAUGAAAUAACACCACAUAUUUUAAUUCACAAAGAAGUUAUUGAAAACAUUUAUAGUACAAAUGUGGACGCUACAAAUUAUAUAUCAAGAGGUAAUAACAAAAUUUAUGAAGCGACAAAGAAAAGUUUUGAUUUUAGGGUUAUGGUAUUACUAUUUUUAAUUAUUUGUUCAUUGGGUUUAUUAUUUUUAAAUUGGUAUCAAGAUUAA